AUGACUCGUAGUCGAAGCGCCGCGAAGCAUGAUUCUUCCGACGAUGAGCUCCGCAUGGACGAAGAGAGAGUUCUGAACACUUAUGACGCUGCUUCUGAUUAUGCUUCUUCUUCUGGUGCUUUUGUUUUGUCGGAAUUUCUAGAUAAUAUUAAGAUUGAGAUUAUCAAUGAAAAGAGAGACGGGAUGGAUCUCGAGUUUGAUCUAAUGAGAGUGGAAGCCCCAAUUGCUAAUGCUUUACGUCGUAUUUUAAUUGCCGAGGUUCCUACUAUGGCUUUUGAGAAAAUAUAUUUAUAUCAGAAUACUAGUGUGAUACAGGAUGAAGUUCUUUGUCAUAGAAUUGGCUUACUACCUCUAAAAAUUGAUCCCAGACUUUUUGAAAUGCCUCUUGAAAAGGUUAUCGGAAUAAACGAGAAAGGUGUAGAUUGUGACGAAGAGCCAGAACCAGAUCCGUCAAAAAACCUAGUUUUCAAGUUCCACGUUCUCUGCAAACGCAACAAAAAUGCUCCUAGUACUGCUACUGAGCCAGUGCAGCUAUAUCAUAGCAGUUCCGCUUACUCAAAAUCGUUCGAGUGGAAACCAUGUGGAGAGCAAGCUAGUUUAUUUGAAAGUGAUCCACCAAGAAUGGUUCAUGAUAAUAUCCUCGUAGCCAAGCUACGUCCAGGACAGGAAAUUGAAGCUAGUUGCCAUGUUGUUAAAGGAAUAGGAAGAGAUCACGCCAAGUUCAGCCCCGUGGCUACCGCGAGCUAUAGAUUGCUACCCACAAUUCGAUUUUUGAAAGACUUCGAGGAUAAAGAUGCUGAGAGAGUCAGAGAGUCUUUUGCUGCAGGAGUAGUCGAAAUUGUUAACAAAGGAGGAAAAAAUGUCGCUGUCGUAAAAGAUGCACGAAGCGAUACUUGUAGUCGCAACAUUUUCCGACAUGAAGAUCUGGCUCCUCAUGUGAUCUUAGGUAGAAAGAAGAAUCAUUUCAUCUUUAGCGUUGAGUCUACUGGCGCAUUGAAAUCCCAUGAGUUGGUUACGGAAGCUUGCAAGGUAAUGGAAAACAAAUGCCGUUCGUUGAAGGAAGAGGUCAUGAAAGCCUUGAAACUGACCUGA